AUGGAGAAAGAGGCAACGAAGAUGAUGAAUGGUGGAGUUGAGUCAAAGUCACGCAAGGGCCUUCCUGAUUUCCUUGGAUCAGUGAAUUUGAAAUACGUCAAGCUUGGAUACAUUUACCUUCUCUCUCUUUCCCAUUCCAUUUGCUUCUUUCUUCCACCUCUUGUCCUUCUCUUCAUCUUUGUUUCACGGUUUUUCCCACUCUUGGCUUAUCCUUUAUCCAUCUUCUUGCUCCUUCUCGUUUACCAUUUUCUUACUCCUUCCUCUGUUUUCCUUCUCGAUUUCUCAUGUUACCGCCCACCCGAUCAUUUCAAGCCUGGUCACAAGGUCAAUCUUCGUGAUGGACGUGAAGAAGCAGCGAUGGUGAUCUUUGGAGCAAUCGAUGAGCUUCUUGCAGCGACCAAAAUCAACGUGAAGCACAUCAAGAUCCUGGUGCUAAACUGCGGAGUCCUCAACACCACGCCUUCUCUAUCAGCGAUGGUGAUUAACCAUUACAAGCUGAGGCAUAACACAGAGAGCUACAAUCUAGGCGGUAUGGGAUGUGGCGCAGGAAUCAUAGCCAUUGAUUUAGCCAAAGAUCUUUUGAACGCUCAUCAAGGCUCAUACGCUUUGGUGGUGAGCACUGAGAUAGUGAGCUUCACUUGGUACUCAGGCAAUGACGUCACGUUGCUCCCACCAAAUUGUUCCUUUCGGAUGGGAGCAGCUGCGAUUAUGCUCUCUAGCCGGCGUAUCGAUAGAUGGAGAUCCAAAUACCAGCUUAUGCAGCUAGUAAGAACACAUAAAGGCAUGGAUGACACGAGUUACAAGAGCAUGGAGUUGAGGGAAGACAGAGAAGGGAAACAAGGACUCUACGUGUCUAGAGACGUAAUGGAAGUUGCUCGCGGUGCACUCAAAGCAAACAUCACAACGCUUGGUCGUCUUGAGCCUUGUUUUGAGCAUAUAUGCGUAUUGGCAUCGAGUAAGAAAGUGCUUGAUGAGAUUCAAAAGGAUCUCAAGCUGACGGAAGAGAACAUGGAGGCGUCAAGGCGGACACUGGAACGCUUUGGGAAUACAUCGAGUAGCAGUACAUGGUACGAGCUGGCUUACUUGGAACACAGAGCCAAGAUUAAGAGAGGGGAUAAAGUUUGGCAGAUCGGUUUCGGGUCAGGGUUUAAAUGCAAUAGUGUUGUAUGGAAAGCCCUUAAAGACAUUGACCCUCCAAGACACAAUAACCCAUGGAAUCUCUGA